AUGUACGCAAACUGUGCCGUUUCUGAGUCUCGAAGACUCCAAACCUUAUCCCGCGCUGUUAUCCAUGAGCGUGGAACGUGUCGCCUGUUCACCGCGGGGCAAGUCGUGCGCCUGCCGCAAGCUGUCGCAAAGAGGAAGCGACGCUGCAGCGUAAGCGCUUCGCUUUCGGUCAUCGUGCCGACGUACAACAGGCGUCCCGUGCUUGAAGUCUGCCUGGACUGUCUCGAAAAACAGGAAGACCCAGGUUCUCCGUACGAAAUACUGGUGAUUGACGACGCUAGUGCGGACGGCACGGCGGACUGGCUACGAACUGCCCAGCAGGUCGAGCAGCGCUAUCCGCACGUACGGCUGCUGCAACUGGAACGUAACUCGGGACCUGCACGUGCUAGAAACCACGGUGUGAGCGUCGCAAAUGGUGAGGUGCUCGUCUUUGUCGACAGCGACGUCAUGGUGGCAACGGGUUUCCUGCGGGCCCACUGGGGCGCCCACGCCGCUGCACCCCAGGUACCCAGCAUCGCCGUUGGACCCGUUCUCCACGUCCAUACGCUCGAUGCUCAUGAGAGGAGACUGCGAUUCCAUCCGCUUUUUGACGCUUCUCGGGCAUUUUUUUGUACCUCCAAUGCGAGUGUCUCGAGAGCGCUCUUCCGCGAAUGCGGGGGCUUCGACGAGGACUUUUGCCUGUACGGUUGGGAAGAUCUGGAGUGCGGCGAGCGGUUGCGCCAUGCGACACAGGGCAGGCUUCGCCACGUUCGACUUCCCUGGGCUGCUGAUGGUGCAUUGGCUUUCCAUUACAAGCCGCCGUUCGAGCUGAACCAUAUGCCGCGCUUGGUCCAAAUAGAAGAGGAGCGCGGUAUCAUGGGUUAUAUGUUUUACCAGAAAAUGCCGACAGUGUCUGUUCGAAUGAUGGUGCAGUACACCUGGUUCCAUCGGGUGCUGUGGUUUAUCCUCACAUGGGGCGGCUUCUGGAACACCCGAACAAUCCGUCCAGUGCUGGCAAUGCUUCUGGCGCUCCGCCAGCCCGAUCUGGCUCUCUUUCUGUUCACAAUUGUGCUCAAUCGCAUAACCUGUGAGGCUGUCUUUCGUACUGCAGCCAAGUACCGUGGAAGGCAUUUCUCUGAUUGGAGAAGAGAGGUCCAAACCAGUGUAGCCAUGCAUCUGACAUGUGACCGCGCCGCAGGUUAA